GAGAAUUCUCUAGAGGUGGAACAGAAACUGGAUGCUUUGGGCUUUCUCGAGGAGCCUGAUGAAGCCGUCGCCGCUAGCGCUCCUGACGACGUCCAGGUGCUUGACUUCUCGACUAUCGAGUGCUAUCCGGGAGGUCUCACGGAAAACUUGCGAAUGGAGUUCAAAGGUGAGGACGUCUUUGAGGGCAACAUAGGAUAUGGUAUGUUUGAUGAGUUUGAUUACAAGACAGUUGCAAACUGCUCCGUCGCGAUUUUUGGCAUGGGAGCGUUUGGCGUCGAAAACGUCAGAACUUGCUUGGAACAUGCGGCAUCCAAAGUUACCAUUAUCUGCAGAAGGAAGAAUAUUGCCAUUCCAAGAGUGGUGGACUGGUUUAUCAAUCAGAGCCUCUACCCACCUACGGCAGCCAUGGUACUAGAUGCAAUGAAGCCGAUGUACAAUUUUUUGGACGCGGACGUUUGGACUUUCUAUGCUGUUCAGGCUUCUGCAGACCGAAGUGUGGCAACGAUCCGGCAAAAGUCUCGGUUCGGCAUUGGUGAUUCUUGGAAAUUCCUGAGAGAGAUUUUUCGUUUAUUGUUAUGGGUCAUAAUCCCUACGCAUUCCCUAGUAUGA